UGCAGUCAGUGACUAACCGCUUCACCGAGGCGACCGUCCUGGUGUUGGAGAAACCGUCAAAAUGGUGAUUUAAGACACCGGCCUCCUGUGCUAAGAUAGACAUGUGAUGAGGGAUGCUCGUCCGGUGUUGCGUUAGGUCCUCUUUGACAUGCUGGCCUGCCUGCCGGUAUCUGCCCCGUUCUUCGCGCUUCCCAUCCACCCGCAGAUGAACACUGGACUUCACAAAUGGGACGCUACGCAGGAGAUGAGAUCUGCACAGUAUCCGACCCCAGCCGAAUUAGAUGCCUAUGCUAAGAAAGUUGCCAAUAAACCACUGACUAUAAAAAUCUUCCCCAGUAGUGUGAAAGUACCUCAAAGGAAACACGUCAGGCGCACGGUGAACGGCCUCGACACGUCCAGCGAGCGUUAUAGCCCCUACCCGUCUCAGGUCAGCACUGCCAACGGCCUCCUGGCUGUAGUCAAGGCUCCCGGCAAAGGGAUCCUCAAGGAGUUUGACGGCAGUCGGGCACGCUUCGUCCCCGCCGUCGUCAUGAACCCGCAAGGCGGCCCCUAUGGCACUCCGAGCACUUUAGCCAUGUCUCAGACUGUUCCCCGUGCGCAGACGCAGCUGCUGGUCCAGAAGAACCUGCCCCGCGCCCCCCUUCUACAGGCCCAGCAGGGGCUGCCCCCUCAUCCCCCUGCCAUGCAGCAGCCCAAAGCCCUAUCUCGUCCUCCCGGACUGCAAGGGCAACAAAGCCUGGGUCAGCAGCAGACUGUUGGGCCGGGCCCGGCCGACCCGGCCCCCGCCCCUCACCUCGCUCUCGUCCACCCGCACGCCCUUGCGCAGCAGCAGCAGCAGCAGCACCGGCCGGAUCCGCCGCGCCUCCGGCACCCGGCCGAGACGACCCGGCCGGCUUGCCUGCAGCCGACCCAGGGCUUCCUCCGGUCUCGGCCCCUUCCUCAGGCUGCCGGCGCCGGCCCCCCGGCCCCCGGAGACCUCAUGCAGCCCCUUCGGCCCCCGCCAGGCACACAGGCUCCUUGCAAGCUCCCCGACGCCGACGCCCCCCCCAACGUGACCGUGUCUACCUCGACCAUUCCGCUGUCCAUGGCGGCCAGCCUGCACCAGAACCGGCCCGGAGACCUGAGCAGCAUCGUCCACCAGAUCAGCCGGUUCUGCCAGGCGCGCGCCAGCUCCAGCGCUACCUCGGUGUGCGAGGGCCAGAUCGCCAACCCCAGCCCCAUUAGCCGCAGCCAGCUGCUCAGCGCCAGCUCGCGCGUGUGCUCCCACAACCCCGUCCUGGGCCCACUGCCCUCCUGCGCCCUCGCCCCCGCCCCCCUUAUGACGCUGCCCAAUAUGGGUGCUGUGAACCAGAUGCCUGCCUAUCACGACAUGAAGCGCCAGGCCCACCCUCACCUGGCCCAGACCCAGCUACCCCAGCAGGCACAGAUGCCCCACUGGACCCAGCAGCGGCUGGGGCACCUCCAUCCACUCGCAGAUGGACCCCACCCUGCCAAGAGCCAUCCGAUCCGAGACGGAGCCGCCAGGCCCGGAUUCUCCGCUACGAGUGUGAGCUACCCGCAGGACCUGUGCGUCGGCCGGCCAUCUGGGCUGAAGCCCCUCGUAGACAAGCCCACGCCGUCUCCCCCAGUCAGCGCCAUGCCGGGGGCCGUGAGCUACAUCAACGGUCAAUUCGUGCCACCUCCGUGGAACGGCGUCCUGCCCACACCAAACAGUGACAGCUCAGGCUCUCAGGACCUGGCCAUGGCCUUCCAUGGGGGGCUCUCAGGGGUUUCCAUGGACUGCACCCCCGGCAUCCAGUACAGGACCGGAGCCGGCGGAGCGCACACGAACCUGAUGCAGCCCGUGGAGUACAUGGGCGGAGAUUUGCAGGCAGCGUGCUUCCGUGAACAGAGUGGGGGCAUGAUGGGAAAGAUGGCUUCAGGGAACACUCAGAACGUCCAUGUCCAUCACCCAGGAUACAGAUGAGCAUCCUCCUCAGACUGGAAAGCGUCUGCUGUUCCACUCGGCAUAAGGAACCUGCCCCACAACCUACUGCUUUUGUUUCCAGUUUAAUCGAUCUGCUGAAUGUUUUCCACAAGAUUUAAUUUAAUUUUUUUCCUUUUUCGGACCAUGAAAACGUUCUGUUUAGCUACGUGGCUACUUGCCCAUUCUGUGUGUGUAGAUUAGUUGAAGGCGGGGGCACGGCACUAUCAAUUUCUGGGCUUGGUAACUCUUUGCUUCUCGAGGAAACCUAUCCAUAAUGACGCUAUCACCGCUGGUGAAACAGCUAAACUUCGUCAUCUUGACUUGCUCAGUUGACCUACAAAAAAUACACGUUCUCAUCAUAUACACACAUAUAGUUUUACACCAAGGCACUACAGAGGCUCUUCUGUUUUAGUUUAGUACAGUUUACUUGUUUUUAAUUAUUAUUAUUGUUAUUAUUAUUAAAGAAGUGCUAAUUACCCACAAGGCCAUGCUGGCAGUAAACUGAAGAGAUUCUAGGGUGCCCAGUUUCUGAAAUGUGAAACAUCAUCUGCUGUGUCCUGCUUUGACUUUACUGACACAGCAGUCAGAAUUUUCCUGUCAAUGUUUACAUGUUAAUUUGCGCUUGUAACUUUGAGUCAGUGCAAAUUGACCCUGGGAUAUGCACCUAUGACGAGACUGUUUCUGGGGGCUGCCGUGCAUGAGUUCAGCUCAAGCCUUUGAUUGGCUCAUUAAUCAGCUGUGAGACUGUCUGUGUGAAAUGUUUACUCUUCCAUUCUGUUGGCCUGCGAUGUUGUCUCUGCGCUUGCUGAUGGACUUACCUGAGUAUGCCAUAAAAUGAAUCUCUGUGGUUAAUCUGCAGAGCACUGGAGACGCGGGGAGGGUUUCAGGACAGCACUGGAGACGCGGGGAGGGUUUCAGGACAGCACUGGAGACGCGGGGAGGGUUUCAGGACAGCACUGGAGACGCGGGGAGGGUUUCAGGACAGCACUGGAGACGCGGGGAGGGUUUCAGGACAGCACUGCGUAAGAAGCACAUGAUGCAGUUUGGCAUUUCAACCCCCACCCCGCCCCUUUGGAAUCGGUUGCUUGAGUUUCUGAAAUGUUUAAUCUUGGUGGUAAUGGCUUGAUACUGUUCACUACAGGGGUUUCAGACUUUUCAGGGUAUGUGAAGCUGAUCUAGGAUCUGUCUUUUUGCCUUCCGUUUCCCAUUGAAAAAUGCCUGUGUUUAUAGAGGGAGCUGAUCCAGGAUAAGGCCCUCCUCACAUUUCAUACAUGCAGGCACAGUGAGUGUGCAGGGAAACCAGGUGUUUCUGUGCUUUCAUGAUAUCACAUUCCUGUUUUGUGGUGAGUUUCCAGCACACUUGUCAUAGGAAUUCCUUCCUUGAGCUGCAUUAGUUCACUUGCAAAUCACAUGGCAAUAUAACGACAGAGCAGAGGCUACCUGUGCUGUGGUUGGGGCACCUGCCCCUCUGCCGUAACUGAGCGCUGCGCUCCAUCUGUCUGGUGAACUCCGUCUUUUCUCCUUCAGCAGAACCGUCUUGCUGCCGUUCCAGCAGGGCCGUCGUUUCUGUAGCCGUUAUUCACCGGGCUGUUACAUUCACUACCUGUCUUUAGGUGCCCCCUUAUUUUUAAACCUAAAAUGGCUGAAAUGUAUGUAAAUUGUAUUACCAGUGGAACACGAAUUGGCCAUUCCAAACUGCCAUACAUUUCAUGUUGAUCUAAAUGUUAAUUUUGACCUUUUUUUAAGUUCAGCCCCAUUUCUGCAGGAAUCACCUUGUACCGUGAGGGUGUCUCUCUCAGGUCUGCUGGUGCCUCGGGUGCAGGUACUGUCCGAGACACAGACGGAUGUUGGUGGAACUGAUAAAGCAGUAGCUGUGCGCUGUGUGUGGCUGGUGUGGUUUGAUGUCCAUUAUCUCAGCCCCCCCGGUCACCCAUUAAGAGCCUUGGAUGUUCAUUAUAAGCGUGGUGUUGAUGCUGAACUUCACUUUUUUUUUAAAUGUGAAACCCAUCUUUUUUUUUGAGAGACAAGUUCUCAAAUAGAGAAUUUUUGUAUUUAGCAAAUGAGUGUGUUUUAGUGCAGGGCUGUAACAGUUGUCUCUUUGCCCUCGGUUCAUGAUCGAGACUGCUCCAUUCUGGGGUUCAAAACCUACUGUCUUGGAUUUGCCAUGGCAGGAAAACGGCUCGCAGUCCUCCGGUGUCCCGUCCCGUGGUGGGCAGUACCAGCGGUCCGGUGUGCCGUGGGCUGAAUCCUACGAAGCUUUGUGGCUCGACAAAUGAAGUCUGGCUUGAGGAAAGGUGGUACCUACCACAGCAGGAGCUGGAGGUGGCACUGGUGGACUAGACUAACUCUCCUCAGGCUCCACAUCCUUUUACUCUACUUAUCUCAAAAAGCUGCUAUUGAAUUCCCUGCAUAUAUUGUGAGAAUUGCCUUCUUCUAAAUGUUAAGGAUAGAAGCAAGAUCUAAUUUAUCAAAUACCUUUCUGCAAUGCAACAUUGUCGAUGGACAAAUUCUGUAGUAAGCUGAUGUAUUUGCCUGUCAGCUAUAAGCUGCUUCUCCUGAUCUCUAAAGUCAUUUCAGCAUGCAGACAUUAGAUGAAACAGCUUUAGGUUCAGUCUUCAUUUCAGGCCUUGUUACAGCUCAAGGCUACAAAGUCAGGUUGCUGUUUCUAAUAGUUACUGUUUUCCAUGUGAAGUGCCUCCACUGGGCUGGUGUCUUCUAGGUGUGUGCGUGUGCGUGUGUGUGUGUGUGUGCACGUGUGUGUGUGUGUGUGCGUGCGCGUGAGGAGAAGUGCUAACAUGCGUGCACAUUGCAUUGACCCAGUGCACUGUACAGGGGACCAAGCAACAUAAAACUACUGAUAUUGGGAAAAACGUUGCAUGUGCCAUGACAGGCAUGACAGGUGGACCAUCUGUUUGGAGUCUGAGUCACUGCUGCUGAGUCUGGGUGAGGAGAUCUGAUCCACGGAGCUUCUGGUCCCCUUGGAGCGCUCUGCCAAAUGCUGUAAAAAGUCCUUCAUCUCUUAUGAGACACGUAAUCCUCAGCUCUCCUUUAAACAUCCUCAGCGGCGGCUCCGAAGGCUGAGAGCCCGCAAGAAGUCGUGCCAAGUCUCUCAUCUUGUUCCACCAAAGAACAAAAAUAUCACUUGAAUGGUAGCAGUGUGCACCUGUAACUGUUUAACUGAAAUCUCUCAUUCCAGAUGCCCGUCGUUGGUUGUUUUUUUGUUUUUUGGGUUUUUUUGGGAGGGGUGUUUGGUUUUAUUUUCGUCCCACCACACCUCUUCCCAGGAAAAAUGUUGCACAAACAUUCCCCUGUAACCAAAAUAAAGUUUGACUUGCAUUUGCAAA